GAUCGCUACGGUUUCAAAAAGGCCUCCCACUACGUCACAGUCGAGCAGUACAAUGCAUGGAACGCAAAUUAUACCGUCCACAUCGAGCGGAGGGCGAAGAAAUGGCAGACGCUGAUGCGCUCGUACGGCCUGAACACAAGCCCAGGCGCAGUCCGAUUUCCGCCAAAAUCCGACAAAAUCAAGAGAUAUGUGCGAAAGGGCAUACCGCCAGAUUACAGAGGGAAUGCGUGGUUCUGGUAUGCAGGAGGCCCGGGGAAACUAGCUCGCGAACCAGGCCUGUACGGGGACCUGCUAGAGAAGGUAGAGCAGGGCGGUCUAGGUGAUACCGAUCGCGAGCACAUUGAGCGCGACCUGAACAGGACGUUUCCGGACAAUGUACGGUUCAAGCCGGAUCCUUCGGACAUCAACGCCAACUCAACCCGCAAUCGCAUGACCAAAGAUCCCGAAACGCCGAUCGUACAGGCCUUACGUCGUGUGCUUCAAGCUUUUGCUGUGCAUAACCCGCAAAUCGGAUACUGUCAGUCACUUAAUUUCAUCGCCGGCUUGCUGCUCCUCUUCCUGAACGAGGACGAGGAAAAGGCAUUCAUCUUGCUGGAAAUCGUCACAUCAUUACAUCUCCCUGGUACGCACGGCGUAGCGCUCGAAGGCGCCAAUAUCGACAUUGGCGUUUUGAUGAGCUGCAUCAAAGACUCCCUUCCCGCAGUGUGGUCGCAACUCGACGAUCAAGGCGGAAUGGGCGGCGUUGGCGGUGGAUCCGGACCACUCCGCUUGCCAACUGUCUCUUUGGCCACCACGGCUUGGUUCAUGUCACUAUUCGUGGGCACCCUACCGAUUGAAUGCGUGCUUCGAGUCUGGGACUGUCUGUUCUUCGAGGGUUCCAAGACGCUAUUCCGAGUUGCGCUGUCGAUAUUCAAAGCUGCUGAGCCGCAAAUACUGGCUCUGGGCGAUCCCAUGGAGGUCUUUCAGCUGGUGCAGAGUUUUCCCCGUGGCAUGCUGGACGCGAAUGGCUUGAUGGACACUUGCUUUCGCCGAAGAGGCGGGUAUGGAAGUGUCAGUCAGGGCAUGAUUGAGGAUCGGAGAGCG